AUGAUAGGCAAGCAGGCAAAUCGCGUCUCGCAGCAGCAGAAGCAACAGCAGCUCCAAGCAGCAGAUGCCGGCCGCACUGAGUCGAUGGGGCCGGGCCGAGCUGCAGGCGAAGGCGAACCGAGCGAUGGACGCCAGGAGAUGCACCUCAGCGCUGCUCACUGCGACGGGGACCUGGGACGGGGACUGGGGGUGACUGGAGACUGCAGAAUGCAGACUGGAGCCUUCUGCUGCUUCCCAAAUCCUGAGCUUCCUGCUAGAGAAGAUCAGAUGGGUUCGAUGGAGACUGGAGAUGCUGCCGCGUCCCCGGGCCUCGGUCGAUGGAUAGAGCUCGAUGGGCUCAGCGCAGCAGCUGCGGGACGUGAUCUGAUGAGAGCACCUGCCCAACAAGCAGAAGAGACAGGCAGAGACAGGCAGAAACAGCAGAGGCCAGUAGAAAGCAGCACCAGCGCCGGCAAACAGGGAAAGCGGAGUCCGGCUAACGUUACUGUUAAGUGGUCGACGAGACACUCAAGGACGAGAGGGAAGGCGCAUCGAACAUCAGGAGCAGCAGGCGCAACGGCAGAGGGGCAUCAGGAUCACGGAGGGACGCCCCUAAUACCCCACCGCUAUGCAGGCAGGGAAGAUGGCGAUGGACUUAGGCUGGAGCUGGAGAGGCCGAGAGAGAAAGAAGGCAAGGCAUUGACUGAUGAAGUCGAACAUGCGCUUCCUGCGACCCGUGCCGUCAGAGAACCUGCCGCUGCAUUCUACCUGUACGUUGGACGGAAUGGUGUCGACGGAGCCCAAUCGACGCCAGCGGCUCUGUUUGCUGCCGUCCAGUCGUUCAAAUCAUCAUCAGCCAUCAGCCCGCAGCCUCAGGUCGCCGUCCCGGCCGUUACGGUUGGGUUGAAGCACCCAUUACCAAACCAAAGCAAGUGA